GGCCAUUUGAUCCAAAGCAAGGCCAGUGAGAUUUUGUGAGUUGAGAGAUAGAGAAAUGGGUUCCAAAGCUCUUUUCUUCUUUGCAAUCUUAUCCUUCUCAGUGUUGUUUUCUCUCAAUCUCAACCUAGCUUUUGCAGAAAAUGAGGAAACUGAAGAACAAGUUGGUCUGGUUAUGAACUUCUACAAAGAUACAUGUCCUCAAGCUGAAGAAGUGAUCAGAGAGCAAGUCAAGCUUCUCUACAAACGCCACAAGAACACUGCAUUUUCAUGGCUCAGAAACAUCUUCCAUGACUGUGCUGUUGCGUCAUGUGAUGCUUCACUAUUACUGGACUCGACAAGAAGGAGCUUAUCUGAGAAGGAGACAGAUAGGAGCUUUGGGCUGAGGAACUUUAGGUACCUUGACACCAUUAAAGAAGCUGUGGAGAGAGAGUGCCCUGGAGUUGUUUCUUGUUCUGAUAUCCUAGUCUUGUCUGCUAGAGAUGGCAUUGUUGCGCUUGGAGGGCCAUACAUACUUCUGAAGACUGGAAGAAGGGAUGGAAGGAAGAGCAGAGCAGAAGUGCUUGAACAAUACCUACCAGACCACAAUGAGAGCAUGCCUGUUGUCCUUGAGAGGUUUGCUUCCAUUGGAAUUGACACCCCUGGUGUUGUUGCCUUGCUAGGUGCUCAUAGUGUGGGUCGGACCCAUUGUGUCAAACUGGUCCACCGGUUAUACCCAGAAGUUGACCCAGUGCUCAACACGGACCAUGUUGAGCACAUGCUUCACAAGUGCCCCGACCCAAUACCUGACCCGAAGGCAGUGCAGUAUGUGAGGAAUGACAGGGGCACACCCAUGAAGCUCGACAACAACUACUAUAGAAACAUAUUGGACAACAAGGGCUUGUUGAUAGUGGACCACCAAUUGGCCACAGACAAGAGGACUAAGCCAUUUGUGAGGAAAAUGGCUAAGAGCCAAGACUACUUUUUUAAAGAGUUUGCUAGAGCCAUUACUAUUCUAUCUGAGAACAAUCCUCUUACUGGGACUAAGGGUGAGAUUAGAAAGCAAUGCAAUGUUGCUAACAAGCUCCACUAAACUUCUCUCUUGUUUGUUUGUAUGAGGAGAGAGAAAGAGAACGACUGGGAGUGACAAAAUAAGAUUUUUUUUUUUUUUCUUCUUCUCUCUCUAAAUGGGUCAGGCUUGUUUAAAUGGGUAUGAAGUGGGUACUGUUUUCAUUGUAGUGAUGGGCAUGGUGAAUGUUGGCAUGGCAUGGAUGUUUGUAUGUAUGUAUGUAUGGUGGUGAUGAUGUGCAUAAUAUGAAUUUCAAUUAUGAUAUUUAUCAAAUUUUCACUGCCCCGCUCUAAUACAAUAAAGCUUUACUUAUUUGAAAAAA